CGCCUUAAGGCACCCAAUGGCCUGUGACGCGGUCCAGCCGCGCUCGCUCAAGAGAAAGCGGCGCCGACGAGCAGACAAGCCCGCCCUCUCCGCCAAGCUCUACCUCGACAGCACUCUGAAAGGCGAUUUGGGAGUCGUCUCUGCAGACCUCGAGCACGACCUGUUUCCCGCACGUCCGCUGGACACCGACACCAACACCGACGGCGCCGGGACCGAGACCUACUAUGCUGCUUUCACGCCAUGGACCCCCAAUCCUUCUCCAUCAGAGUCGAGCUGGACCAUCCUGCCCGUGCGAGGCCAGCAUCCCAAAGAGAAGGCCUUGCCUCCAUCGACCAUCCGCUUUCCAGUCGCUGCGCGUGGGACUCAGAGCUUAGUGAGGCUUGCCCAAGCUCUGGCACCCAACAAGACUCUGCGCCAGAAUACCGCGGUCGAGGUCAGAAUUACCGAUGUGGUACCUCUGUCCUUGGACACUGUUUUUGUGUCCGUGGCGACAGAUGCCAUACAAAAGCUAGACCACGUGUAUAAAAGAUAUGGGGACGGCUCGACGAAUGGUCCUGCCCAAGUGGUGGCUCGGAGGCCAGACAAGCGUGCAGUCACAGGAGCGCCGGACGAUGCACCAGCGGCAGAUGCAGAUGAGCGGGCAAAGUCCUUGGUCAAUGAAGCUCUAGCCAAUGGUCAGGUUGUGCACGUGGAGGAUUUGUUGCCUUUACGAAUGGCACAUCCAGCUGCGCACAUCCCAGCGCCUCCCGCGCGGAUCCUGGCAUGUGAGCCCGUUUCCCAAGGUAUCAUAUCUGAGUCCACUCAAAUUGUGAUCGUGCCGUCUGUGGACAAACGGUCUAACGCUUUUGGAAACAAGGCAGUUUUGAGUCCGCAGCUCGAUGAAGAGUCUGGUGACGAGGGCGCAGAAGUCUUCUUCUCUGCCACCGAGGAGAACUCUCCCGCCAAGCCCAUUGUGAUAUCAAAGUCCACUACUGAUAUGUCAAAUUCCGAGGACAUGUUCGAUUCAAGCGCUGAGGAGAGCAACUUGUCCGAUGACUCCGACGAUAUGAUCUCCCUUGUCAAGCCAGGACUUGCCGAUGGACCUUCUGGACUCAGCUCUGCGCUUACCUCGGCGACCCCGCGACCUCUUGGUGCUCCAAAUCGUGGAAUUAGUACUCCAGGAUCCGUCUUCUCUAACAUGACGGCCACUACGAUCAGAGGAGGACAAGCCGUGCGUAACAAAGUGUUCCGAGCACAGGCCUUGCUCGAGCGCCUUUCCAACGAUCUGCUAUACCCGAAGCCCGCAGUCGACGAGGACGAGGAAGCGAGAGUCUACGUGGAAGCGACAGCCUUAGCACGAUUGGGCUGCUUCUCUGGCGACUGGGUCAAGAUUGAGCCCGCCGAGAGUCACAUCUUGCCAAGCUUCAGCGCGUUCGGGCAGCUGGAUGAUUCCGCAGCACAUUGGCGGCCCGUGAAGGUCUACACUCUGCCUGAAAGUCUGUCGAGAAAGCCGCAAAGAUACCAAGUCAAUGCGAGGGCCGGUCGGAGGGACAGUAUCUCCUCGCUGGUGGCCAACUCGACCAACGUCGCUACAAUACAUCUUUCACCCAUUCUUCUGGCGAAUCUUGGAGACCCGACGAAUGUCAGCAUGACGACCAUCGCGAUCAGUAAACGAGCCACGCUGAAGCGACCCAUGACCCCACGGCCACUGUCCGUCUCAUCUCGAAUGCCGCCCAUAGCUUCCGACGUCACCCUGCGCAAAGUGAUUACUCCCCUCUCGACAGAGCGCUCUUUGAACAACACCUUAUUUGCGAACCUGAAGCAAUAUUUCGAGGAGCGACAACGGAUUGUCAGGCCUGGCGAUUUGCUAGCUGUUCGAAUCGACGAGUCUCUGGGGCGGUCCAUAUAUGAAGGGGAGGUGGAACAAGAGGGGAGCAGCGCCAGCGCGCUGCUGGCCCAACUAGGACCCCUGAACGACAAACCAGACCUUGGCGGCGUAACGAAUGUGGCAUGGUUCACUAUUGAAGCCGUUAACGUCGCCAAUGCUGAAGACUUGGACGCACAAGACACAGAUGUAUGGGGAGAUGCAGCGUCGAUUGAUCCUUCGAAAAUGACAAUGCGACAGUCUGGCGAUGACAGGCGCAAGCUACCUCCGGCAUCAAGCAUCCCGUGGCAGCGUUACCUCGGCGUGCGUAAAGGGCAUGCCAAGUCAGGAGUGGCCAACCCAGCAGGUGGCCUCCCUCCACUCACGCAGCCUUAUAUCUCGCCACUUCAGAGACGACUUCGUGAACUGCUAUCAGUCUCUGUCAGUCCUCGUGCAGUCCAUCUGGGAAUGCCGCCUCUGACAGUACUAGUCACAUCUACUCAGCGCAAUAUCGGUAAGGCCAGCACUGUCGCACGUGCCUGCGCGGAUCUCGGACUACAUUAUUUCUCGAUUGAUGCGCACGACGUUGUUUCGGAGAGUGGAACGGGCGUGGACACUCAAGCGCAAGGCCUUCUUGAAGCGCGUUGCGAGCGAGCACUUGAAUGUGGACCUGAAUUCACAGCUAUCUGUAUCACGCACUUGGAAGUACUCAGCGGAGAUAAAGCAGCUGCGUCCCUGCAGGGUGUUCUGAACAGCGCUCGGGCGCUCGUUGCCACCACGACAGACAUUGACAAAGUGCCUGACUCGGUGCGUGGUUUAUUCACCCACGAAUUGGAAAUGACUGCUCCUGACGAGGGAGAACGAGAAGGGAUCUUGAGGGAUGUCACAGCGGAAUCUGGUCUGCCACUCGCGCCCCAGGUCGACCUAGCAUCCAUCGCAGUCAAGACCGCUGCUCUAGUAGCAGGCGACCUUGUCGAUGUGGUAGAACGUGCGAUCGUUGCUCGGUCUGAGCGGCUCGAGGCUCUCGCUCAAGUGAAAGGAGAUGCAAUCACGAUCAGAGAUAUUCAGCUGGCAGGUGGUGCUGCUGCGACGUCAGUCAUUCCUGAUGACUUCGACGCGGCAGUAGAGCUCGCGCGGAAGAACUUUGCAGACGCUAUUGGAGCACCUAAGAUACCCAAUGUCCAAUGGUCUGACGUCGGAGGCCUGACCCACGUCAAAGACGCCGUGGUUGAGACGAUCCAGCUUCCAUUGUCGCGACCUGAGCUAUUCGCCAAAGGCCUCAAGAAAAGGAGUGGCAUAUUGUUCUACGGGCCUCCAGGAACGGGGAAAACUUUGUUGGCCAAAGCCAUUGCGACCGAGUUCAGUUUGAACUUUUUCUCCGUGAAAGGACCGGAGCUGCUGAAUAUGUACAUUGGUGAGUCGGAAGCGAAUGUGCGACGUGUCUUCCAGCGAGCUCGUGAUGCUCGGCCGUGCUGUGUCUUUUUCGACGAGCUGGACUCGGUAGCCCCGAAACGUGGCAACCAAGGCGACAGCGGUGGUGUCAUGGACCGGAUUGUGUCACAGUUACUUGCCGAGCUUGACGGGAUGAGUGAUGGCGGUGAUGGUGGAGGAGGAGUCUUCGUCAUCGGGGCGACGAACCGCCCCGAUUUGCUCGAUCAAGCUCUUUUGCGACCUGGACGUUUCGAUAAGAUGCUCUACCUGGGCAUCAGCGAUACUCAUGACAAGCAGGCCACUAUUCUGCAAGCGCUGACCAGGAAGUUCACUCUCGAUCCGUCCGUGUCGUUGUCUCGCGUCGCCCAAGCUCUGCCUUUUACAUUCACAGGUGCCGAUCUCUACGCGCUCUGCUCCGACGCUAUGCUCAAAGCAGUAACACGCUCGGCUCGCGAAGUCGACGAGCGUGUCGCUGCUGUCAAUCACGACCGGCUGGCUCGUGGACAAAGCACGAUUUCUAUCGGGUACUACUUUGAUCACUACGAUACGGAGCACGAGAUCAAUGUGAUGGUCACCGAGGAUGAUUUCACGCUGGCGCGUCGAGAUCUCAUACCGAGUGUCAGCGUGGACGAAUUGCAACACUACGAGCGUGUCAGGAACAUGUUUGAGGGGACGAGCAAGAAAGAGGACGCGGCCAAUGGCCACGGCGCAUCGACUCGGAGCGUGCAGAAUGGUGAGCACCUGAGUGGCCGCAAGCAGGCCAUGGGGGCCAUGAAGCGGGCGCAAGCGUCGGGAAGUCCCAAUGGCAGUGGAGAUGGCCCUAUUCUGCGCAGCAGCACCGCCGACGCCGAUGCAGACGACAGCGACUAUAUCAUUCGCACUGACGGGCUGUCGUUGACGAGCAAUGGCGGAGGCACGUCAUCGUCCAGCAAGGGAAAAGGGAAGGGAAAGUCGCGUGAGGCAGCCAGCGAUCCGGAGUGGGAGCAUCACAACGAUGCUGGUGAGACGGAGGAUCUGUACGAUUGAGGCCGCCCGUACCUUGGUGCUGUAUUGGUGCUGUAAGGUAGGUAGGUAGGUACCUAGGUAGUAGGUAGGUACCAGGCAGGAGGUAGUUAUAUAUCCGGUCGUAGAGAGUCGGACGCUACUCGGGGAAGGGAAUGCGCGUUGUCGUCGCCCGAGAUGAUGAAUGCAUUAUUAUUAUUGCC